UAGUAGUAGAUGGUGAGCUCAGCAUCCGGGCAUACAAUUCGUGUAGGAUUCCUCGUGCGGCGGGAGCUCCCGGCUGAGCCUGACCCCCAAAGUAAAGUAUAACUGCCUUUCCCUUUCUUUUACUGUCCUAAUUAGCCCCCUUAGCAGCAGUGCUCUCACUUUUCUCCUUGUUGUCCUUGUCACGUCACCACCACACAGUGACACAGCCACUCCAGCCACCAUGGUCGCCGGUCUGAACGCCGAUGGCGACAACUUCCUGGCCGUCAUCGUUGUCUUCCCAGCCAUUGCCGUCAUCGCCACGGCCCUCCGCAUGUGGUGCAAGGCAGUCACCAUGAAGAGCGGCUUUCAGUCUUUCCACGCCGACGACUGGGCGAUCGUGGCCACCACGGUAACCUACCUGGGUGCCGAGUCAGCAAUCUACUGGGGCUUAUUUGCUGGCAACCGGGGCAUGGAGAUUGGCGAGAUGACGGAAGACCUCAUGUCUGCGCCGUCGCUUGACAAGCUUCUCAGGAUCCAGAACUACCUUAAGUCCCUCUUCAUCGGCAACACAGUGGUGACCCUGACCAUCUACUUGGCCAAGAUCUCGGUGUGCCUGUUGUACCGCCGCCUGUUCUCGACGCAGCCGUUCCGGAAGCUGUGCUUCAUUCUGAUCGUCAUCUCCACCAUGUGGUUCAUCGCCGCCACGGUGAUCAACCUCGUCACCUGCAUCCCGGUCGACUCCUUCUGGAACCGCCUCAAGCCUGGCCGGUGCAUCAACUUCAACACCUUCUCCUUGGGCGUCGGCAUCGUCGACAUCCUCAUCGACGUCAUCAUCCUGGUCCUGCCGGUCCGGGCUGUCACGUCCCUGCAGCUGCCGACCCGCACCAAGGCGAUGGUGUCGGGCAUUUUCCUACUGGGUGGUCUUGCCGUCAUCACAAACAUUCUCCGCGUAGCAUACCAAUACCAGCCCAACGGAUUCUACGUCAACUUCGGCCGAGCCGAGAUCUUCCUCAACGUGCACGCGGCCAUCAGCAUCCUGUGCGCCUGCCUGCCCACGUACAAGCCGCUGCGCGACCUUCUGGGCAAGCUGGUGUCCACCAUCCGCGACCGCUACGGCUCGUCGGUGCGCUUCCUCCGCAGCGGGAGCGGGAGCGGGAGCGGCUCCUCCUCCUCCUGGGGCCGCGCCAGGCUCGGUAGCUCGUCCAACGACUCGACGGAUCGCGGACACGAUCUCACCAGCCAAGACCCGAGCCACGGGCACGAAGCCAAGGCGGCGUUCUACCCGCCGCCCAUGGUGUACCACUACCCGGCCACGGCGAACGACAGUGCUUCCACGAGGGAGCUGGUCCAGCCCCCGCCGCCGAUGUACUGGGGGCAUCAGUACGGCGCCGGAUACGGCGGCUAUGAUACUGGUGUUCCUCCACAACAUCAGGUUUUUACGAUCCCUGACGGGGCGAUUGGGCGGACUACUAGGGUAGAUAUUGUGUAAGGGUAUUGCGGGCUUGUUGGUCUUUUUGUGGAUGUGGUUUCAUUGUAUUGUAUGCUACGGUUGUGUUGGUGUAAGGACAGUCGGGAACUGUAAACACCGUGGGCCUGUCAUUUUCGCCUUUGGUUUCUUUCACUUUUUUUAUGUUUUGCAUCAAGCCAGGGUUCACGGGUCUGGAGUCUAUCAGGGGCGAGUGGGUGUUCACGGG